AUGGAGCUUGGUAACUGCUACGGGUUCUUCCCGCGGUACUACUUUAACGUCGCCACGAGACGGUGCGAGUACUUCAUCUAUGGCGGUUGUGGAGGAAACCAGAACAACUUCCAAACCUUGCAAGAGUGUGAGAAGACCUCCUUGACUUCCAUUCGGCUCCUCUGUGACGUUAUGGGAGUUGGCCAGCUAGAGGACAAGAGGUAUCGAGAUGACGCAGAGCCAGUGGUAUUACAACCACCGCACAAUGACGUGGCGCGGGGGGAUUCUAAGGGUACGGUUCUUGCUUGCAUGGAAAAGCCAAAAAGGAUGCCUAUAAGCUUGAAACCAUCAUGUGACCGCCGCCACCUUCAGCCUUCAAUCCUUUAA